CGCGACCCGGGUUCCUAGCGAGGGAUCCCGCCGCUCGCUCGGCCUUGCUCGGUCCCAGGCGUCCGCGGCCACCGGGGCCGGCCGGCAGCUGGGAAGGUGGGCGGCUCUCCGUGGGCGCCCGUCCCCGGGCGGGGCAGGGCUCUGCCUGCCCACAGUGGGAGCCCUGCAGCCGGCGGCCGCGGGCACGCCCGUCGGUGGAGGCGGUUGAGCCCCGGUUGCCACGUGCUCGUUAGGAGCCGCGCGUGGAGACAGUCUGCCCGCGGCUGAGCCGGAGACUUGUGCUGCGGGGACGCGAGCUGUCAGCCUGAGUCCCUUUCCUCACCAGGGCCUGACGCAGCCGCCUACAGCGUGGACAGGGUGUGGGCGAGGGCUCCAGAAAUGAGAAGUUGGCCCCGAGCCGGGGAGAGAGGUGCCUGGGAGAUGACGUCUGGCUGGGUUCCUUUGGAUGUCUACUCGUUGACCAUGAAGGAGACAGACAGGGAGGCUGUAGCCACAGCGGUCCAGAGGGUGGCUGGGAUGCUCCAGCGCCCAGACCAGCUGGACAAAGUUGAGCAGUAUCGCAGGAGGGAGGCUCGCAAGAAGGCCUCUGUGGAGGCCAGACUGAAGGCUGCGAUCCAGUCACAGUUGGAUGGGGUGCGCACAGGCCUGAGCCAGCUCCACAAUGCACUGACUGAUGUCAAAGACAUCCAGCAGUCGCUGGCUGAUGUCAGCAAGGACUGGAGGCAGAGCAUCAACACAGUCGAGAGUCUCAAGGAUGUGAAGGAUGCUGUAGCGCAGCACAGCCAGCUGGCUGCAGCUGUGGAGAACCUCAAGAAUAUCUUCUCAGUGCCUGAGAUCGUGAGGGAGACCCAGGACCUGAUUGAGCAGGGGGCGCUGCUACAGGCCCACCGAAAGCUGAUGGACCUGGAGUGCUCCCGAGACGGGCUCAUGUGCGAGCAGUACCGCAUGGACAGCGGAAACACACGAGACAUGACCCUCAUCCAUGGCUACUUCAGCAGCACACAGGGUCUCUCUGAUGAGCUGGCCAAGCAGCUGUGGAUGGUGCUGCAGAGGUCACUGGUUACUGUCCGCCGGGACCCCACCUUGCUGGUCUCUGUGGUCAGGAUCAUCGAAAGGGAAGAAAAAAUUGACAGACGUAUACUUGACCGAAAAAAGCAAACUGGCUUUGUUCCUCCUGGGAGGCCCAAAAAUUGGAAAGAGAAGAUGUUCUCCAUCUUGGACAGGACUGUGACAACUAGAAUCGAGGGCACACAGGCAGACACCAGGGAGUCGGACAAGAUGUGGCUCGUGCGCCACCUGGAGAUCAUAAGGAAGUAUGUCCUGGAUGACCUUUUGGUCGCCAAGAACCUGAUGGUGCAGUGCUUCCCUCCCCACUAUGAGAUCUUUAAAAACCUCCUGAGAAUGUACCACCAGGCCCUGAGCACAAGGAUGCAGGAGCUGGCGUCAGAGGACCUCGAGGCCAGCGAGAUUGUGAGCCUCCUGACGUGGGUCUUAAACACCUACACCAGUGUGGAGAUGAUGGGGAACAUGGAGCUGGCCCCAGAAGUGGAUGUACACUCUCUGGAGCCGUUACUUUCUCCGAACGUGGUCUCUGAGCUGCUCGACACAUACAUGUCAACACUCACUUCCAACAUCAUUGCCUGGCUGCGGAAAGCACUAGAAACAGACAGAAAAGACUGGAGCAAAGAGACAGAGCCUGAGGCUGACCAAGAUGGGUACUACCAGACAACACUUCCUGCCAUUGUCUUCCAGAUGUUUGAACAGAAUCUUCAAGUUGCUGCUCAGAUAAGUGAAGAUUUGAAAACAAAAGUACUAGUUUUGUGUCUUCAGCAAAUGAAUUCUUUCCUGAGUAGAUAUAAGGAUGAAGCCCAGCUGUACAAGGAGGAGCACCUGAAGAACCGGCAGCACCCACACUGCUAUGUCCAGUACAUGAUCGCCAUCAUCAACAACUGCCAGACCUUCAAAGAGUCCAUUGUCAGCCUGAAAAGGAAGUAUUUAAAGGGUGAAGCAGAGGAGAGUGUGUGUCUGAGCCAGCCAAGCAUGGAUGGGAUUCUAGACACCAUUGCCAAGGAAGGCUGUGGCAGCCUGCUGGAAGAAGUCUUCUUGGACCUGGAGCAACAUCUGAAUGAACUAAUGACAAAGAAGUGGCUGUUGGGGUCGAACGCUGUGGACAUCAUCUGUGUCACUGUGGAAGACUAUUUUAACGAUUUUGCCAAAAUCAAAAAGCCUUACAAAAAGCCAAAGCAGGGACAUGAGACAGUUCUGAUGAGGCCAGUCCUCAACAACAGCAGGGACACCAGGACUCAAGUGCCACUCCAACAGCUUAUGGGUAGAGCCUACACACCCUUGAUCUCGGCCUCCGACACCCACAGUGAGCCUCAUGAUGAGGGUGGGACCUUCUGGACUCGGAGCCCUCAUGCUCGGUGCCCUGCUGUGGGUGAGAGUCACCUGUACACCAUGGGGCACAACACUGUUUUCAGAAAGGGAUACAGCCCAAGUGGAAAGAGAGAGCUGCAGUCUCCUGGCCGGGGGAGGGAGGGACUCCAGAGAGGCUGUGUGUGGGUGUAUGUGCGUAUGCUAAUUACAAGUGCAGGUGCACAUUUGCCAUUCCUGUAUGUGGUAUGUGUGUCAUACACGUAUGUAUUGCACAUAUGUAUACACACCUGUGUACUUAUUCAUGCGCAAUGCAUGUGUGCUAUGUGUAGGACGUGGAGGCAUGUGUGUUUGUUUACACAAGUGUUUUAUGUGUAUGCUUAUGGUGGCAUAUGUAUUGUGUGUAUUGCAUGUGUGCAUGUUGAGCAUGUUAUAUUGCAUGUGUUUUGUGUAUGCAUGCAUGCAUAGGUAGUUUUAUAUGUGAAUUGUACACUUGUAUAUUUUGUGUGCUGUGUACACAUUCAUGUGCAUGUUGUGUGUGUUGUUGCACAUAUAUACGUAAACAUGCUGUGUGUUGGCCACAAACCGGGCUUUCAACAGAGUUCUCCUGCCUGUCAAGCUUACAUUAAUUUCUAUAAGCCACAGUUACUUUUCAGACUAAUCUGGUUGGUUUUAAAUCUUUUUGCCCACAUGCUUUUGUUCUUUUUCAACAUUUGUCGGUAUUCUGUCAGUGGGUGUUUGGCACCCUCUCUGACAUCCUCAGCCAGUGGUGCAUGCAUCUGCAGGGCUCUUGGAGCCCUGGGGCCUGAGGGAAGGGGCUGUCCUCCAGGGAGGCUGGUGCUCUCCUGGGCACACUGCCCCCUGCCAUGGCUGACAGUAUUGUCAUAGAGGUUGUACAGCUGAGGGUGACCACUGAUGCCUCUCUCCAGGCCUUGUCACCUGUGGCAGGCACUGUCUCUCUGAUGAGCCUGACCACCUGUGUUGGGCUUCCAGCCCUCUCCUCCCUGUGAUGCCCUAAGUUUUCCUUUAUUCAUUUGUAUCCUUCCUGGGACCCCCAGGUAGCUGUGCCAUGUGUCCCAGGGCUCUUCUUUUCUGGGAAGUCCCUGUCAUUGUUCAGAUGUAGCAUUGCUGGGACCAGCACUGACCAUGGGACAAGUGCUGCAUGUGUGGUCCACACAGGGUCCUACAAAUCCUUCUGGCCUAUACCCAGGCCUUGCCCCUGCUGAGCCCAUGCUCAUUUAGGGGGUGAGAUACUUGCAGCCCCAAGAUUGCUAUCAGCCCAGGGAGCAUUCAUGUUCUGUAACCCCCAAGAGUGCUGUGGGCCUCAAGGAGGGGUCAUGUCCAGGGAAUCUGGGGAGGGCUGAGGUCAGCAGUGCUGAGCUGGCCUAGCCUCUUGAGCCUGCUUGAACUUGUUCCUGCAGAGACUAUUCGUCUCUGGCUAUGAGUCAGACGGUGUGGGAAGUGAGUUCCUGCCCGGGCACAUGUUUCUGCCUGCUUUCAAGGAUGGAUCUGUGUGGUGGGUGCCCUCCCCACCCAUGUGUGCCAGUGCUGCAGGUGGCCUGUGCUGGCCAUUGCUUGCUGUGUGCUGUUGGGAGCCUCAGGGCAUUGUGGAUCUAAACUGGCUGAGUUGCCAGCAAAAUAUUGCCAGCAAUCUUGAUGGAAAUAGGAAGAAUGGGCUGCAGCC